AUGCGCGUGGUUACGGUGGUAAUUCUGCUCUUCUUUUGUAAAGCCGCGGAGCUCCGCAAGGCCAGCCCUGGGGGCUCGAGAAGCCGAAUGAAUCAUGGCCGGGCGGGUGGGAGCAGGAGAGGCUCCAACCCCGUCAAACGCUACGCGCCAGGCCUCCCCUGCGAAGUGUACACGUAUCUUCACGAGAAGUACUUAGAUUGUCAAGAAAGAAAACUAGUUUACGUGCUGCCUGACUGGCCUCAGGAUUUGCUGCAUAUGCUGUUAGCAAGGAACAAGAUCCGCAUACUGAAGAACAAGAUGUUCUCCAAGUUUAAGAGGCUGAAAAGCCUGGAUCUGCAGCAGAAUGAGAUCUCCAAAAUUGAGAGUGAGGCUUUCUUUGGUUUAAAUAAACUUACUACUCUCCUCCUGCAGCACAACCAAAUCAAAGUCUUGACAGAGGAAGUGUUCAUUUAUACGCCUCUCCUGAGCUACCUGCGUCUCUAUGACAACCCCUGGCACUGUACUUGUGAGAUGGAAACGCUUAUUUCAAUGUUGCAGAUUCCAAGAAACCGGAAUUUGGGGAACUAUGCCAAGUGCGAAAGGCCACAAGAUCUAAAAAACAAAAAGCUGCGGCAGAUAAAAUCUGAACAGUUAUGCAAUGAAGAAGAAAGGGAACAAUUAGACCCGAAACCCCAAGUGUCAGGGAGACCCCCAGUCAUCAAGCCCGAGGUGGACUCGACUCUUUGCUACAAUUACGUGUUUCCCAUACAAACGCUGGACUGCAAACGGAAAGAGCUGAAGAAAGUUCCAAACAACAUCCCUCCAGACAUUGUUAAACUUGACUUGUCAUACAAUAAAAUCAACCAGCUUCGACCCAAGGAGUUUGAAGAUGUUCAUGAGCUAAAAAAAUUAAACCUCAGCAGCAAUGGCAUUGAAUUCAUAGAUCCUGCUGCUUUUUUAGGACUCACACAUUUAGAAGAGUUAGAUUUAUCAAACAACAGUCUACAAAACUUUGACUAUGGCGUAUUAGAAGACUUGUAUUUUUUGAAACUCUUGUGGCUCAGAGAUAACCCUUGGAGAUGUGACUACAAUAUCCACUACCUCUACUACUGGUUAAAGCACCACUACAACGUCCACUAUAACGGCCUGGAAUGCAAGAUGCCUGAAGAAUACAAAGGGUGGUUUGUGGGAAAAUAUGUUCGCAGUUACUUUGAAGAAUGCCCCAAAGACAAAUUACCAGCCUACCCUGAGACAUUUGAUCAGGAUCCGGAAGAUGAUGAAUGGGAGAAGAUUCAUAGGGAUCACACAGCCAAGAAGCAAAGUGUAAGAAUCACUAUAGUGGGAUAA